AUAACCAUUUCAUUUUCUUAACUAUCAACCCUUUUUUCUUUAACAUUUUUUUUAUCUUUUUUUUCUUAGAAGCUUUACAAUAGUCAAGCAUGCAAAGAACGAAAGCACAAACACUAGGGUUCUUGUAUCCUUUUCCAUUUAACCUCAACCCAUUGGACUCAAGCUACCCUUGAACCGUGUCUUCUGAGUGCCACUCUCAAAGGGUUAGUGAGAGAGGGAUAGAGAACGAAGAGCCAAGCUUCAACGAAGAGGGUUUUCUAGGCUUGCCUUCUUUCUCUUUCUUUCUCUCCAAAUAAUAGAAGAAAAGAAAAAGACCUCAAUUUUUAUAUUUCCUUUUCGCUACAGAGAGAAAGUUGAGACAUUGGGGCUUUAUCCUUUUGUCUCCUCUAUCUCUCUGUCUCUAUUUUUUUUAGCCUUUAAAGUUUCUCCUUUGGUUACUCUUUCAAGUAUAAGGUUGUUUCUGAGCGACCCAUUUCAUCUUUUGAGACCCUCUUUGGUUUGAAAAUUCUGGGUAGGAGAAUUGACUCUCAAAUUGUCAUGGGCGAAGCAAAUCGCUGAAUAAGGAGAAGGAACGAGUUUAAGGGUUUGAGGGAGAAGUUUUGGCUUGUUGGCGUGCUUUUGUUAAAGAGAAAAAGUGGCUUCUUUGAUGAGUUUUGGGGGGUUCUUAGACAACAACACAGGUAGUGGAGGUGCGAGAAACGUUUCAGAUAUUGCUUACAACAACGUUACCACUACCCACCACAACAACAACAACGAUAGAAUGCCCUUUGCUGCAAUCUCUCAGCCACGCUUAGUGACUACUACUCCCACUUUGGCUAAAUCCAUGUUCCACUCUCCAGGGCUAUCUCUGGCACUUCAAACCAAUGUUGAUGGGCAAGAGGAUGUGAAUAGAAUGGCUGAGAAUAGUUUUGAGCCUAAUGGUUUGAGAAGAAGCAGAGAAGAAGAGCACGAAAGCAGAUCUGGCAGCGAUAACAUGGAUGGUGCUUCAGGUGAUGAACACGAUGCUGCCGACAAUCCUCCAAGAAAAAAACGCUAUCACCGACACACUCCUCAGCAAAUUCAAGAGCUUGAAGCGUUGUUCAAGGAGUGUCCUCAUCCAGAUGAGAAACAAAGGUUAGAAUUGAGCAGAAGGCUUUGCUUGGAAACGAGGCAAGUGAAGUUUUGGUUCCAAAAUCGGAGAACCCAAAUGAAGACCCAAUUGGAGCGCCACGAGAACACACUUCUUAGGCAAGAGAACGACAAGCUUAGAGCAGAGAACAUGUCCAUUAGGGAUGCAAUGAGGAACCCCAUGUGUUCCAAUUGCGGGGGUCCAGCUAUUAUUGGUGAGAUUUCACUAGAGGAACAGCAUCUUAGGAUUGAGAAUGCAAGGUUGAAAGACGAACUUGACCGAGUUUGUGCUCUUGCGGGCAAGUUUUUGGGUCGCCCCAUUUCUUCAUUGGCAAACUCAAUUGCUCCUCCGUUGCCUAACUCAAGUUUGGAGCUUGGAGUUGGGGGCAAUGGUUUUGGUGGGAUCAACACUGUGCCUUCAACAUUGCCUGAUUUCACAGUGGGAAUGUCUAAUCCUCUAGCCAUGGUGUCUCCUACAAGUACUAGACCAAUGACUGUGGUGGCUGGCUUUGAUAGAUCAAUGGAGAGGUCUAUGUUUCUUGAGCUUGCUUUGGCUGCUAUGGAUGAGUUGGUGAAGAUGGCACAAACGGGUGAGCCUCUUUGGAUCAGGAAUAUUGAAGGUGGAAGAGACAUUUUGAACCAUGAGGAAUACAUGAGGACAUUCACUCCUUGCAUUGGGUUGAGACCCAAUGGUUUUGUAUCCGAGGCUACCAGAGAAAAUGGAAUGGUCAUCAUAAACAGCUUAGCUCUUGUUGAGACCCUUAUGGACUCGAAUCGAUGGGCAGAGAUGUUUCCUUGCAUCAUUGCUAGAUCUUCCACCACUGAAGUGAUAUCUAAUGGAAUAAACGGAACCAGAAAUGGUGCACUUCAACUAAUGCAUGCUGAACUUCAAGUUCUUUCGGCUUUGGUUCCGGUUCGUGAGGUGAAUUUCCUUCGGUUUUGCAAGCAGCACGCAGAAGGGGUAUGGGCUGUGGUAGAUGUGUCCAUAGAUACCAUCAGAGAAAGUUCGGGUGCACCAAGUUUUGUCAACUGCAGAAGGCUUCCUUCUGGAUGUGUGGUGCAAGAUAUGCCUAAUGGGUACUCAAAGGUGACAUGGGUGGAGCAUGCAGAAUACGAUGAGAGCCAAGUCCACCAGAUGUAUAGAUCGUUGUUGAGCUCAGGAAUGGGGUUCGGUGCACAACGUUGGGUGGCUACCCUACAACGCCAAUGCGAGUGUCUCGCCAUCUUAAUGUCCUCUGCAGCACCCUCGCGAGACCAUUCCGCAAUAACAGCGGGUGGGAGGCGUAGCAUGCUGAAGUUAGCGCAACGCAUGACGAACAAUUUCUGUGCGGGGGUGUGUGCGUCGACGGUGCACAAAUGGAACAAACUCAACGCCGGCAACGUCGACGAAGACGUCAGGGUUAUGACGCGGAAGAGCGUCGACGAUCCCGGCGAGCCACCUGGCAUUGUUCUCAGCGCAGCCACCUCUGUGUGGCUACCCGUUUCACCCCAAAGACUCUUCGAUUUCCUUCGCGACGAGACCCUCCGAAGCGAGUGGGACAUACUCUCCAAUGGUGGUCCCAUGCAAGAGAUGGCCCACAUCGCCAAGGGCCAAGACCAUGGCAACUGCGUCUCUCUCCUGCGAGCCAGUGCGAUGAAUUCGAACCAGAGUAGCAUGCUGAUACUGCAGGAAACAUGUAUAGACGCGGCAGGGUCGCUCGUGGUGUACGCGCCGGUGGAUAUUCCGGCCAUGCACGUGGUCAUGAACGGUGGUGAUUCGGCUUACGUGGCAUUGCUUCCUUCAGGGUUUGCCAUUGUCCCUGAUGGGCCCGGGUCACGUGGGCCGCAGAACGGGCCCACAACAACCACAAACGGCGGUGACAACAGUGGUGGGGCGGGUGUAAGUGGGUCCCUUCUAACGGUGGCGUUUCAGAUCCUUGUGAAUAGUCUUCCAACGGCCAAGCUCACGGUAGAGUCGGUGGAAACCGUGAACAACCUCAUCUCCUGCACAGUUCAGAAGAUCAAAGCCGCGCUUCAAUGUGAAAGUUAAUCGUCACGUGACCCGUUGAGGAUGUAUUGGGUUUUUUUUUCUUCUAAUUUUUUGGGGUUUUUGCAAAUUAACGCUGUAGCAGUGAAUGAAAGUUGGAAAACGUGUAAUGUAAUAGGUGGCGCGUGGGAAGGGGGUGGGGGUGUUUGAGUCAAGAACGAACCGCGCGUGGAAAAAAAAACCAGAAAAAAACUCCUUGCAUGGUGGUAAGGAUCCGAAAGCGGUUCGGGUCAAGUUCCUUAACACAAGGCAAGGGGUCGUGGUUCGGGUAUUGACUCGGGUUGACCUCAUGUUUGCUCCACAAGCUGAAAAACGAGAAAGCAAUAGAGGAAUGGAAAAAAAAAAGGAAAAGAAAAAAAAAGGUUUUGUUAGUAUUUAUUAAUUAAUUAUAAUGUUAUAUUAGCUUGUAUUGAUUUGG